UAAAAACUCAUGAAAGUCCAGGACUUUUCUGCUCACCCCUUCUUCAAUCAACGCCAACAAAGAAGACCCUUUUUCUUCUUUUUUCUUUUCUUAUUUUCCUGCCCCCCAAACACCCCCAUCUCCUUCAUGGAUCCCAAGGCCUCAUCAAAGCACUCCCAAGACCAAGUACCAUCCUUCUUGAGCCUCCCGCAACAACAACAACAACAACAACAGCAGCAGCAGCAGCAAUCACAGACCAUGGCUGACAACAAACCGGCGGAGGUCAAGGAUUUCCAGAUUGUGAUUGCAGAUAAAGAAGAAGGCAAAAAGCAAUUGGCUCCCAAGCGGAGCUCCAACAAGGACAGGCACACCAAGGUUGAAGGAAGAGGGAGGAGGAUAAGGAUGCCGGCUUUAUGCGCCGCGAGAAUCUUUCAGUUGACUAGAGAAUUGGGUCACAAAUCCGAUGGUGAAACGAUUCAGUGGCUACUCCAACAAGCUGAGCCAUCGAUAAUUGCGGCCACUGGAACUGGGACGAUUCCUGCAUCAGCUUUGGCGGCGGCUAGUGGGUCAGUUUCCCAGCAAGGGGCCUCUUUAUCAGCCGGAUUACACGCCCAAAAGAUUGAUGAGCUGGGCGGACUAGGGGGGUCCAGUCUCGGGUCAGGAACCAGUAGGACCAGCUGGGCAAUGGUGGGUGGUGUUGGUGCUGGCUCUGUUGGUGGUGCCAAUUUAGGGAGACCCCAUCACGUGACCACAGGGCUGUGGCCCCCCGUAACUGGUUUUGGGUUCCAGUCAUCUUCUACUGGACCAUCAACAACAGGUCUUGGAAGUGAAGGUGGAGGUGGUGGUGGAUCAAAUUAUCUGCAGAAGAUUGGAUUUCCAGGGUUUGAUUUGCCUGCUGCUGCUGCUACAAACAUGGGUCCUUUGAGUUUUACCUCAAUUCUGGGUGCCACUAAUCAGCAGCUUCCUGGGUUGGAGCUUGGUUUGUCUCAAGAUGGCCAUAUAGGGGUUCUGAACCCACAAGCCUUGAGCCAGAUUUAUCAGCAGAUGGGGCAGGCUAGGGUGCACCAGCAGCACCAUCACCAACAGCAGCAACAUCAGCAACACCAGCACCAUCACCAACAACAGCAGGCUUCUGGAAAGGAUGACUCACAAGGGUCUGGGCAGUAGUCGGUGAUCACAGGAUCGUCUUGGAAAUAUUUUCAUGGAAGAAAAAGAAUUGAAAGUUAGCAUUGUUGUUGAAAAGGGCUGGUUUUUUGUUUGGUAAUGCUUUGAGUAUUGUAUAAUCAUGGACAAAAAAGAUUGAUACCUGCAAAAAAUUCAAUAGGGCUGAAUUUGGUUUGCCUCCUCCUCAUCCUCCUCCUCCUUUCUACUGCAUCACUCAAAGUUCCCAUUACACAAGGUGGACCUUUGCACAGCCAAGUUGCUUGGUUUUGGGGCUUAACUUGUUUAAUUCAGAGUAAUUAAGUGAAGGAACAAGUAUUCGACCAGUCUUAAGAACACAGGCCAUGCAGAGCCGUGUCAACAUGAGGUCAAAGACAAUGUGGGCAGCAGUCAACAAAGGAGAGAGACCAGAUGAUUAAGGUAGGUAUUGAAUGGCGAAAAGAUAUUUCUACAUGAUAUAACUCGAGAAUUUGAUAUCUACCUGACAUGCUUAAAGGGGUCGUUUGAUUUUCGAGCUUAAUUCAUAAUUGAGGUUAAUAAGUUCAUGAAAGGUUCAAAGUUCUACAUAAAUAUAAGCUGAAUCAGGUCAUUUUUCAGUUGAUUCACCAAUUAUAAUUGCCUGGUUUGAACUCCAACAGCUCUAAAGCUUGACUUAUUUGUCAUUAACACAGUUGUUUUCUUUAGGUCCC